AUGAAUAGACUCUUUGGAACAAAGAACAAGGCUCCUAAGCCCACCUUAGAUGACGCCAUUGGAAGCAUCGAUGGAAGAGUAGCCACUCUCGAUGAAAAGAUCAAAAAGGUAAAUGCUGAGUUAUCGGGAUAUCAAUCCAAACUAUCGAAAAUGAGAGAAGGGGCUGGUAAAUCGGCCUUAAAGCAACGUGCUAUAAAAUUAUUACGCCAGCGUAAACAGCUAGAAUCUCAGAGGGAUCAGUUGAUGUCACAGAGUUGGAACAUAUCACAGGCGCAAAUGACUACGGAGAAUCUCAAAAAUACAAUGAUAACCGUCGAUGCAAUGCGUCAAACCAAUAAAGAGCUACGUAAAACAUAUGGCAAGAUUGAUGUAGAUAAACUGGAAGAUCUACAAGAUGAAAUGAUGGAUCUCAUUGAGCAAUCAAACGAUAUACAGUCUGCAUUGGGCCGUUCGUAUGACGUUCCUGAUGAUAUAUCUGAAAGUGAGCUUGAUGCGGAGUUGGAGGCACUAGGAGAAGAGCUUGAGCUUGAAGAGGAAAUGGGACCGGAAGCCGUGCCUAGCUAUUUGGAUGCAACUCCUUCUGUAGAAAUGCCUUCGUUGAACGAACAAGAACCUGCCAAGGAGGAGGUUCAAGAUUCAGUUCCCGCACAGUGA